AUGUUGGCUCAAUCCGAAGGAAAUUAUGCGGAAGCUUUGCAAAAUUAUUAUGAAGCUACACGACUAGAAAUCGAUCCCUAUGAUCAAAUUUAUGUACUCUAUAACAUAGGCUUUAUACACACAAGCAAUGGAGAGCAUAUAAAGGCUUUGGAAUAUUAUUUACGGGCAAUAGAACGGGACCCCUUCUUACCGCUAGCUAUUAAUAAUAUGGCCGUGAUCUGUCAUUACCGAGGAGAAUAG